GCCGUGAAUUCAAAACGAUUGAGAUAGUGCAAAGCACAGCAACAACAACAACAACGCCAAAGACGUACAAAUAAUCUCGUGUAAAUAAGCAAAAUGGAAACAACAAAGAUGCAUCUCCGAUUAUUACCAGUUUGCUUUCGCAUCGCCACAAAUUUGCUUGCAUCGACAAUUUCCAAACAAUAAAAGCCCAGCCACCGCAGUGCCACCAACCAGUUUUCUGUGAAUGUUCUGUGAGACACCAGCAAAACUGUCGGGAAGAUGAACAAGUUUACGGUGAUUUUCGUUACCUUAGCCGUUUUGGGCGCCGUUAAUGCUUAUGGCGGCGGCGGUGGUGGCUCUAAAUAUGGUGGCGGUGGCGGCUUAGGACACGGCGGUGGUGGUGGUAGUGGUGGAUUUGGUCCUGGAGGUGGUGGUGGCGGCUUUGGUCCAGGAGGAGGUGGCGGCUUUGGACCAGGAGGAGGUGGUGGUGGCGGCGCUGGUGGAGGCGGUGGUGGAGGCGGUGGUGGUGGACAUGGUGGUGGUGGAUUUGGUCCCGGAGGCGGUGGCGGUGGAUUUGGACCCGGAGGUGGUGGUGGUGGCUUCGGACCAGGAGGCGGUGGCGGCUCUGGUGGACACGGUGGUGGUGGACAUAGUGGUGGUGGUGGUGGAUUCGGUCCCGGAGGCGGUGGUGGCGGUUUUGGACCAGGCGGCGGCGGUGGUGGCGGAUCUGGCGGUGGUUUCGGUACAGGCGGCGGCUUUGGUGGUGGCUCAGGCGGUUACGGCUCAGGUGGCAGUCAUGGUGGUUACAAAAAACAUGGCUAUUAGAUUUAAGGAGUGAUUAAGCGUCUUUACUCUGCUGUGAUUUUUUAACUGUGUACAUAGUUUUUUCUCUUGGAAGAAAUCAUUCGGAAUUGCUUGGAAGAAUAAAUUCGUUUUUUAAAUAACUA